UGGAUUACAGCUGGUAAACAGCCUAAUCUGACCAGCUCUGUUCCUGAAGGACUAUCUGAGUGUAUGUCUCUGUGAACGGAGCAGUGUUUUGGAGGAAGUCAGAUUUAUAUCUCCGUCCCAAGGCAAACUUUUGGCAGUGUUUGAACAGUUGUUGAGGAGAGAGACUUCUACGAGGUUUAUGGCCCCUCGAAAGGGUUUGAGUUUGUAGGCCAGGUGUCGCUCCGCUCCUCUCCGCUCCAGACCGUGUUUUCCAGCGAUCCUCUGCAGUGAGACGCACGCGCCGCCGGUGUACCGUCCUCGACGCGCGAGCACACCGUCUCUCCGCUCCGGGACCGCAGCACCACACCAGGGGAAUUUCCUUUUAGUCUUCAGAAAAAGCGGAGUCGUUCAGCGGAGUGUGCGCCGUGUCGGUAUCGCAGACGGUUGUUCGGAGGGACCGGUCGGGCCAUCGUGACGACGGAAGCGCGCAUGGCUUUGAUUUAAACGCGCAUUCAUUGCGCUCGUCCCCAAACCGAGUGUUGCACGGAGCGGGACAACCCCAACUGCUGAAAACGGCGAAAUGCUUCUUUUAAACGUGACCUGGGUGUUCUCUCGUCUCGGCUUUCUAUAUUCACAGGCCUAAUGUGGUUUGGUUUUUCUGGACUGCGAUCUGUCUGUCUACCUGAGCGCGCGAUGAAAGUCUUUGUGCGCUGAUUUAGAGGUGACUUAGAAACCCUCGCUUUUCAUUGCGUCAAUAGAUCUGCUGGGACUACUCCUCAAUCCAUAGAGCAUGAAUGGUGAAAGGUGGAGAACAGCAGAUUGCUGAUGCUCAAGAUCCUCUUUUCAAUCUGAACUAUUGUCUGGCAUCUGGAGACGCUCUUGAAUAACCAAAAUGGCUACUUCACUGUGGAAAUGUCCCUUGGUGCAUGGACUUGUGUUAACUGUGAUUUUUCUACAAUCUUCAGAAGCGUUCAGUCGUGCAGCGCUGCCGUUCGGUCUGGUGCGGAGAGAGCUGUCCUGUGAGGGUUACCCCAUCGAUCUGCGCUGCCCGGGGAGUGAUGUCAUCAUGAUCGAAACCGCCAACUACGGCCGCACAGACGACAAGAUAUGCGACGCCGACCCCUUCCAGAUGGAGAACAUUAAUUGCUACCUCCCGGAUGCAUAUAAAAUCGUAUCUCAAAGGUGUAACAAUCGGACGCAGUGUGUAGUCAUCACCGGCUCGGACGUCUUUCCAGAUCCGUGUCCUGGGACAUACAAAUAUCUUGAGGUCCAGUAUGAAUGUGUGCCAUACAUUUUUAUUUGCCCUGGAACUCUGAAAGCGGUAGGAGAUCCAGCCUUUGUCUUUGAGGCGGAACAGCAAUCUGGAGCUUGGUGCAAAGACCCCCUGCAGGCGGGGGACAAGAUCUACUUCAUGCCGUGGACUCCAUACCGCACUGACACGCUCAUUGAGUACGCCUCACUUGACGAUUUGCGAAGCGGUCGACAGACGACUACCUACAAACUUCCACACCGUGUUGACGGAACCGGAUUUGUGGCAUACGAUGGGGCCAUCUUCUUCAACAAGGAACGCACGAGAAAUAUCGUCAAGUUUGACUUGCGGACUCGGAUAAAGAGUGGGGAGGCCAUAGUCGCCAAUGCCAACUACCACGACACCUCGCCCUAUCGCUGGGGUGGGAAAACAGACAUUGACUUGGCGGUGGACGAGCGGGGACUGUGGGUUAUCUACGCUACAGAACAGAAUAACGGACGUAUCGUUCUCAGCCAACUCAAUCCUUAUACUCUGCGCUUUGAGACGACAUGGGAGACUGUCUACGACAAACGCUCUGCCUCCAAUGCGUUCAUGGUGUGCGGCAUACUCCACGUGGUCCGUUCCACCUAUGAAGAGAAUGAAAGUGAGGCCAGUAAGAGCCAAAUUGACUAUGUGUAUAACACCAAACUGGGCCAAGGGGAGUAUGUCAAUAUCCUCUUCCCUAACCAGUACCAGUACAUCGCAGCUGUGGAUUACAACCCGAGGGAUAACCAGCUAUACGUGUGGAAUAAUUUUUACAUUCUGCGAUACAAUCUGGAGUUUGGGCCACCCGAUCCAGACGAAGUACCAACGGUCUCUGAUGCCGUUACAUCCACGGUGCAGCCGAGAUCCACACCUCUCAUCAGGACCACAGCGAUCAGCAUCACCCAGAGACCUGCGCUGAACACCAGCGUCACAGCGGAGCCGGCUCCGGACCCCAGCGCCGUCAGCCUGCCCCCCUCCAGCAGACGCUUCUGCCCCGGGACGGAGACCAGAGGCAUCUCCUGGCCUCAGACACACCGAGGAGCGACGGUGGAGCGGCCGUGUCCUAAAGGGACCCGAGGAAUCGCUCUGUUCCUCUGCACGUCUGCCGACGGGAUCUGGAGUCCCAGAGGUCCUGAUCUCAGUAACUGCACGUCUCACUGGGUGGCACAGGUGGCUCAGAAGAUCCGGAGCGGUGAGAACGCUGCAAAUCUGGCGAACGAGCUGGCGAGACACACUCAGGGUCCCGUGUACGCGGGCGACGUCAGCUCCUCUGUGCGGCUGAUGGAGCAGCUGGUGGAUAUACUGGACGCUCAGCUGCAGGAGCUCAAGCCCAGCGAUAAAGACACGGCCGGACGCAGCUUCAACAAGGCCAUUGUGGACACAGUUGACAACCUCCUGAGGCCAGAAGCCCUUAAAUCCUGGGAGGACAUGAAUUCCACGGAGCAAACACAUGCCGCCACUAUGUUACUGGAUACCCUGGAGGAAGGAGCCUUUGUCCUUGCAGACAACCUGAUUGAGCCCGCAGUCGUCAGAGUGCCUGCCGAGAACAUCAUGUUGGACGUGUACGUGUUGAGCACCGACGGCCAAAUUCAGGACUUCAGGUUCCCACAGACCAGCAAAAGAGGAGCCACGAUCCAGCUCUCAGCAAACAUGGUCAAACUAAACAGUAAAAACGGUGUUGCCAAGUUGGUUUUUGUCCUUUAUAAGCACUUGGGGCAUUUUCUUAGCACGGAGAACGCCACGGUGAGGCUGAUGGGAGAGGACGGAGUCAGAAACCACAGCCUGACUGUCAACUCACACAUCCUCUCCGCCUCCAUCAACAAAGAAUCCAGCCGCGUGUUUGUGUCCGAACCACUCGUCUUCACUCUGGCGCAUUUGGAUACUGAGAACUACUUCAAUCCAAACUGCUCGUUUUGGAACUAUUCUGAGACGAGCAUGAUGGGAUACUGGUCGACACAAGGCUGCAAACUCCUCGCCACUAACAAGACUCACACCACGUGCUCCUGCAGUCACCUGACGAACUUUGCAAUCCUGAUGGCUCAUCGAGAUGCACGUGCGGGUGUGGGAGGCGUUCACGAGCUCCUGCUGACAGUUAUCACACGACUGGGCAUCGCCGUUUCACUUGUCUGCCUAGCCAUUAGCAUCUUCACCUUCUGCUUCUUCCGCGGCCUCCAGAGUGAUCGCAACACCAUCCACAAGAACCUCUGCAUCAACCUCUUCAUCGCAGAGCUUCUGUUUCUUGUGGGCAUCAACAUGACCGAACCUCCGAUUGCGUGCUCUGUGAUUGCUGGAGUUCUGCAUUUCUUCUUCCUUGCCACAUUUGCCUGGAUGUGUUUGGAGGCGGUUCAGUUGUUCCUCAUGCUUGUGGAGGUCUUUGAGAGUGAAUUCUCCAGACGAAAAUACUAUUACGCAUCUGGCUACCUGUUCCCUUGUGUGGUGGUUGGCAUUUCGGCAGCCAUCGACUAUAAGAGCUAUGGGACGAGGAAAGCCUGUUGGUUGAGGGUUGAUAAUCAUUUCAUUUGGAGUUUCAUUGGCCCUGUUACGUUCGUCAUAAUGCUCAAUCUAAUCUUUCUGGUGGUGACUAUGUACAAGAUGGUAAAACACUCAAUGUCUAUGAAACCUGAUUCCAGCCGACUGGAGAGCAUACGGUCCUGGGUGUUUGGUGCGUUCGCACUGCUGUGUCUGGUUUGUCUGACGUGGUCCUUCGGUCUGUUUUUCCUGAACGACUCUUCAGUAAUCAUGGCGUACCUCUUCACCAUCUUCAACACUUUACAAGGGAUGUUCAUCUUCAUCUUCCACUGUCUUCUGCAGAAGAAGGUGCGUAAAGAGUACAGCAAGUGUUUGCGUCGGUCUCAGUGCUGUACCGCUCUUCCCUCUGAAGGACCUCACGCCGUCACCAAACCCUCGGCCUCCAGGGUCACCGCUCGAUAUUCAUCUGCUACACAGAGCCGCAUCAGGAGCAUGUGGAACGACACUGUGAGGAAACAAUCAGAGUCAUCCUUCAUCUCCGGAGAUAUCAACAGCACUUCCACUCUGAACCAAGGAAUGAGUGGCAACUAUCUGCUAACUAACCCUCUCCUCAGGCCUCACGACACUAACAACCGCUAUAACAACCUUCUCGCCGAAACCAUCGUCUGCAACACCCCUUCUCCUCCAGCUUUCCGCUCUCCAGGCCAGAACUCACUAACCCACAGCCGUGAUAUCAGCACCAUGGACACGCUCCCUCUCAACGACAACUUCAACAACAGCUACUCACAGCAAGAGGACGACUACGAAGACCCCGCGUUGUGCUGCCCGCCUGCUGACGCUCUGCGUCUGGAUGACCCUGACUUUGAGAAGAUGAUCAUCUCUGAGCUGGUUCACAACAACCUGAGGCCUCGCCGGCCACAGCAAAGUCAGUCCAGCUCAAAAAGCCAACCAGCGUCCGACAGCAGCCACCGGGAUCUGCAGGAGACCUUGAACGAAGGUGUCGGGAAUAGAAACCGGAGUGAAGAUGCUGCCACCGUUUCCGACACCUCCGCUUUGCCGCCUUCUUCCAGCCACCCGGCGCUGGAGCUGCUUCUCCUCCACCCCAACGACCGGGAGGCCCUCGAGGCCCCGCUUUUGCCCCAACGAACUCACUCACUCCUUUACAGUGCUCAGAAGGCCAGCAAAAAGGUAGAAGAAGAUAAGGAAAGCGCAAAAGAGUUGGACGACGCACCCUCGCCGAAUAACAGGGACUCGUUGUACACAAGCAUGCCCAAUCUCAGAGACUCUCAGUCCUCUGAAUCUCCUGACCUUGUCAGUGGACAGGAGGAUGGUUCUCCUUGCUCAUCCGCCCAAAGUGAAACUGAGGAACAGUGCUACAAGAGUUUGCCCGACCUGGGAGACGGGACUCAACCACUUUCCUACUAUCAGAUCAGCCGCCGAGGCACUAGCGAGGGGUGCAUUGACCCCGGGAUUCCCGAAGGCAAAGCCUCUAGCGAUGGACAGAUGCAGCUAAUCACCAGCCUCUGAGCCAAGAAUGUACUCUUUCCUCCGUUUUCUUCUUUUGCUUCUCCCAUCCGCAGACGACAGCAAGUCAACCGCACAAUGAAUUGUUUUUCUAGUAACAGAACUCUGGUCAAACUCUUCUGUCGUACUGAUCAAACUGCUCGAAGUGAGCAGAAAGUGUCAAGACUGGCAUCAUCUACGUCUGCCAAAAGCUUUGUACAGUAUAUAUAAAUAAAUAAACAUGCCAAUGUCUGAUUUUUUUGUAGGACUUUGAAAACUCUCCCAGCCAGUUCGCAGGUGAAUCUUCCCUUCUUGGAAAGACUGUGAUACAGGAAAUGAAACGAAUGAAUUAAAAUCCCAGACUCAGGCCUUAUAUUUUCUCUAUUGCACAAAUAACUGUUGUACGAAUGACAACUGAAGAAAAUCUAUUUUGCAGUACCAGCUGUAAAGAAAGCCAGUUCAAACCCGUAAUCACCACAUCUCCACUUGUGAAUGUGUUCAGCAAUGGAUUUUGCCAUGGAAGUUGUAUUUUGCCGACGUAAAUGUACAAAAAAGGAGCUUCCUUAUUUUUUUAGCUUAACGGAAGUUGUGUCUUGCACAAAUUUGGAGUGAGUUGGACUUGUAUGUAAUUUGUUUUACUUAAAAAAAUGUUUAAAAAAAUGCUUUGACUUUGUCAGGGAUCAAUAACAUUCAUACGUGUCAACAUGAUGUCCUUAAGAACAUAUCUCAGUAUUUGGCACUAAAUAAUUUAUUAUAUGAAGUAUGAAAUGAAAAGGGUUGGAACGAAAGUGGAUGUGAUAUAACACUGUUGAUAUUCACUUCAGUCUUUUUUAAGACCCCAUUGUCAUUGCAGAUGUACAUUCAACUCUUUGUAUGGAAUAAAUGUGAUGAUUUUUUCUUGUUUGCAGAUAUAUCAUUCUCAUUCAGUGAAGCAUCAAACUAGCCUAACCAUUUUACUAGAUGUCAAAAUAACCUAAGAUCUCUUCAUAACUUGCCUGAUGAAUUAUUUGCAAUAUAAAUAAAUUGUUGAUAGUUA